CUGAGUCCACCAUUUUUCAAUUUUGACAGCUAACUGUAAAAGCUAAAAUCACUUGUCAUCGUUGCUCGGUCCUGGUUUUCAUUUAUUAUCCUGAUUUACAGUUUAUAUUAAAGAGAAAUCUUUUCCCGUAUAACUUGUAAAAAAGCUGAUAAAGAUAAAUAUGCCUAAGCCGAACAAAAUCAAGAACAAGACUGCGCCUUCUGUGCCUGCAAAGGCCAAGCCAGAGGACGUGCGCGUCGAGGAUGAUGGCAGCGAUAGCGACUCCGACGACGGCAGCAUUCCCGAUCUGAUAGAGGCUGGAGCAGGUAGCACUACUCAGUUGGGAGACGGUGCCACCGGUGAGCAGGUGGCCAAACCCAAGCAGUCUCGCGGCGAGAAAAAGGCCAGGAAGAUUCUCUUGAAACUCGGCCUCAAGCCGAUUCCAGGCGUCAACCGUGUGACCAUUCGCAAAUCAAAGAAUAUCAUGUUCGUGAUCAACAAUCCGGAAGUGUACAAGAAUCCGCACACCGACACCUACAUUGUCUUCGGCGAGGCCAAGGCCGAGGAUCUGUCGCAGCAGGCCAAGGUGGCUGCUGCCGAGAAAUUCAAGACCCCAAAGGCUGCUGCUACCGCUAUCGACAGCGCCGGCGCCACCACGUCGGCUCCCAUCGCCGGUGGAGAUGAGGAAGAGGUGGAGGUGGAUGACACUGGCAUGGACGAGAAGGACAUUGAGCUUGUGGUAAUGCAAGCCAACACUACACGGGCCAAGGCCAUCAAGGCUCUUAAGAACAACGACAAUGACUUGGUCAACGCCAUCAUGGAGCUGACCAUGGUCUAAGGAGCAUCCUAUACUGAUUCAAAUUCAAUUCUGGGCAGCACCAAUUCACACAUUCCAAUGCACAUCCUCAGGAGAAUUGAAGCUUAAUAGGGGCGGACUUCAUUCAUACAGCAAAUAUCCAGAUAUAUAAGAACAAACGAUAAUAUUUUAAUAUAUUGUAACGGAAAACAUUUCCGACUUCGGCACUCGACAAGAUGCUGCAUGAUUAAGAGCGAGACAGGGAUACUACAUACAUAAUAUGCUGCCCAAUUUCACCACUGUAAAAAAAAGGCUUGUUUCAAUUUUCGACAUUUUAUUAUUGUUUUUUGUAUUUGGUUCUUUUUCGUAACAGUUUAAUGUGUGUGUCUUGUGUGUGGUGUUGUGUUUUUGGGCGUCACGCUGUUUCGCCUUUUGGGAUUUACGAGGUGAUUGCAUUUUUUGUUUGGGGUGGGUGGGCAUGGUGUGGUUCUCAAAGCACCAAUAACAGUUAAACAGAAAGGACAUUACAAAAAAAAAAAAAAAGGCGUAAAAAACAAUGCAUAAAUAAAACAGAGAGUACAGUAAGAAAUUAAAGAACAGAGAAAUUCGAUAGUCGAGGACCUCCUCUUCCACUAAUCACGUUUAAUCACGCACACUCAGGGAGUGCAAUUGGUGACUUGCAAUAAUCUGGGAAGUACAAAUCGAUAAUUUGCACAGGUAAGUACAUUGCAUUUCUUUUCUCGUUUUGCUUUUUUUUAUCGUUUCCUUGCUUUUGGUGUGAAUAAUGAAUAUUUUCAACAGAUUAUAAAUUUACAAUACAUUAAUGUACACGAGUUUUAAAUAAUAAUAAUAGUAAUAGUAAUAAUAAAUCUACACAAUAUACAUACAAUAUUCAUAUUU